GCUGGCUCAGCUGUAGGAUUUGGAAUGGAUCCUGACUUACAGAUUGAUAUCAUCACAGAACUGGAUCUUGUGAAUACAACCCUUGGGGUAACACAAGUGUCAGGACUACACAAUGCCAGCAAAGCAUUUUUAUUCCAAGAUACAGAAAGAGAAAUCCAUGCAGCGCCCCACGUGAGUGAGAAGUUAAUUCAGCUCUUCCGGAAUAAAAGUGAGUUCACGUUUCUGGCCACCCUGCAACAGAAGGCAUCGACUUCUGGAGUUAUACUUUCUAUCCGAGAGUUAGAGCACAGCUAUUUUGAACUGGAGAGCAGUGGCCUGCGGGAUGAGAUUAGAUAUCACUACAGGUUUAAUGGGAAGUCAAGAACAGAGGUGUUCCCGUACCGUCUGGCAGAUGGACAGUGGCACAAGAUUGCCGUGUCACUUAGUGCGUCCCACCUUCUGCUCCACGUGGACUGCAACAGGAUUUAUGAACGCAUCAUUGAUCCCCCAGAAAUGAAUUUGACACCUGAAAGCAAUUUAUGGCUUGGACAGAGAAACAGGAAACAUGGUUUCUUUAAGGGUGUUAUUCAAGAUGUGAAAGUCAUCUUUAUACCUAACGGAUAUAUAAUGCAGUGUCCUAAUCUGAAUCGCACAUGCCCGACCUGCAGUGAUUUCUUAAGUCUGGUGCAAGGAAUCAUGGAUUUGCAAGAACUCCUGGCAAAAAUGACUGCAAAAUUAAAUUAUGCAGAAACAAGACUGAGUCAAUUGGAAGACUGUCACUGUGAGAAGACUUGUCAAGUAAAUGGAUUGAUCUAUAGAGACAAAGACUCAUGGGUUGAAGAUGAUCACUGCAGGAAUUGCACUUGCAAAAGUGGAGUUGUGGAGUGCCGAAGGAUGUCCUGUCCCCCUCUUGAUUGUCCUCCUGAUGCUCUCCCAGUGCACGUGGAAAGCCAGUGCUGCAAAAUAUGCAAGGCAAAGUGUAUCUAUGGGGGCAAAGUGCUAGCAGAAGGUCAACGAGUAUUAACCAAGAGCUGCAGGGAAUGUCGAAAUGGAGUUUUAGUAAAAGUAACAGAGACUUGUCCGCCAUUGAACUGCUCAGAAAAAGAUCACGUUCUUCCAGAGAACCAAUGUUGCAGUGUUUGUAGAGGCCAUAACUUCUGCGCAGAGGGACACAGAUGCGGUGAAAACUCAGAGUGCAAAAACUGGAACACAAAAGCUACUUGUGAAUGCAAGAAUGGUUAUCUCUCUGUCCAAGGGGACUCUGCGUAUUGUGAAGAUAUUGACGAGUGUGCUGCCAAGAUGCAUUAUUGUCAUGCGAAUACUGUGUGUGUUAACUUGCCUGGAUCCUAUCGUUGUGACUGUGUCACGGGAUACGUCCGUGUGGAUGAUUUCUCCUGCACAGAGCACGAUGAGUGUGGCAGCGAACAGCAUAACUGUGAUGAGAAUGCAAUCUGUACUAACACUGUCAGGGGACAUAGCUGCACCUGCAAACCCGGAUAUGUGGGGAACGGGACCAUCUGCCGAGCAUUCUGUGAAGAGGGGUGCAGAUAUGGUGGAACUUGUGUAGCCCCUAACAAAUGUGUCUGCCCUUCUGGAUUCACAGGAAGUCAUUGCGAGAAAGAUAUUGAUGAGUGUGCAGAGGGCAUCAUUGAGUGUCACAACCAUUCACGCUGUGUUAACCUCCCAGGGUGGUACCACUGUGAGUGCAGAAGCGGUUUCCAUGACAAUGGAAGCUAUUCUCUUUCCGGGGAGUCCUGUGUUGAUAUCGAUGAGUGUGCCUUAAAGACCCACACCUGUUGGAACGAUUCAGCCUGUGUGAACCUGGCAGGAGGGUUCGAUUGCCUUUGUCCGUCCGGACCAUCUUGCACUGGAGACUGUCCCCAUGAAGGCGGCUUCAAGCGGAACGGGCAGGUGUGGACCCUGAGGGAGGACAGAUGCUCCGUUUGUUCCUGCAAGGACGGGAGGAUUUUCUGCCGGAGGACAGCCUGUGACUGCGAGAACCCCAGCGCUGAUCUCUUCUGCUGCCCGGAGUGUGACACCCGUGUCACCAGCCAGUGCCUCGACCAAACUGGGCACAAGCUCUACCGCAGUGGGGACAACUGGACCUACAGCUGUCAGCAGUGCCGUUGCCUGGAAGGAGAGGUGGAUUGUUGGCCUCUUCUGUGCCCGAAUCUAAACUGUGAGUACACAGCCAUCUCAGAAGGAGAGUGCUGUCCCCACUGUGUCAGUGACCCCUGUCUGGCUGACAACAUCGCCUACGACAUCAGGAAAACCUGUCUAGAUGGUUAUGGAAUUACAAGACUUAGCGGCGCUGUAUGGACAAUGGUGGGAUCUCCUUGUACAACCUGCAAAUGCAAGAAUGGGAACGUCUGCUGCUCGGUGGAUUUAGAGUGUCUCAACAAUAACUGA